UGAAAAACAAAUAACAAUAAAUAAACAAAAAUUAUUAUUUUUUAUAUUUUCAAUUGGUUCUAAUCAGAAACACUAAUCAGAAUCUCAAAAAUGGCUCCAAUAACUUUUGGAAUUUUAACUGUAAGUGAUACAUGUUCAGAAGAUUCAUCUAAAGAUAUAAGUGGUCCAGAAUUAAUACGUUUGGUAACUGAUAAAAAUACACCAACUGGAAAAAUUUUACAAGGACAUGUGAUGCUAUCAGGAAUUGUAGAGGACGAUGAAUAUAUAAUAAUGGAAGUUUUAAAAAGUUGGUCAGAUGAUUUAAAACCAAAUGUUAUUUUGACAACUGGAGGAACUGGAUUUUCCAAAAGAGAUGUUACUCCUGAAGCAACAAAACAAAUUAUUGAAAAAGAAGCACCUGGACUAUCAUUAGCUAUGCUUAAUGCAAGUUUAAAAGUAACUCCAAUGGCAAUGUUAUCUAGAGCUGUUUGUGGUAUUCGUGGUGAUACUCUUAUUAUCAACUUGCCAGGUUCAUUAAAAGCAGUUAGAGAAUGCCUAGACUCAAUUGCAAAUGUUAUUCCUCAUGCUGUUGAUUUAAUAUUAGAUAAUAAACCAAAAAUUAAAACAACACAUGAAGCUGUUCAGGGCAGUUUAUGUAAACACAAAUGUCAACAUGAUAAAGACACUUCUACACCAUUGAAUGAUGUUGUUAAUCGUCUCAGAAAAUCUCCUUAUCCAAUGAUAUCUAUGGAAAAAGUAGCUUCAAUUAUUCAAAGUUACAAUUGGUCUGGUGAUUGUGAAACUAUAAAUUUAUGGAAUUGUCAUGGAAGAAUAUUAGCUGAUGAUAUUUAUUCACUCUGUGAUUUACCACCUUUUAGAGCUUCAAUAAAAGAUGGAUAUGCUGUUAUAGCUAGUGAUGGAAAAGGAUUAAGAAAAGUUACAGGAUCAAUUGAAGCAGGACAAACGCCUCAUAAUUUAAAAGCUGGUUUUUGUAUGCGAAUAAAUACUGGAGCACCUGUUCCAGAUGAAGCUACUGCUGUUGUCCAAGUAGAAGAUACAGAACUCAUUAGCAAAAGUCAUGAUAAUACAGAAGAAAAUGAAAUUAAUAUUUUAGUUGUACCAAAAGAAGAUGAUGAUAUAAGAGCUAUUGGUAGUGACAUUAAAAAAGGAACAUGUGUUUUAAAAAAAUAUACUAAAAUAACAGCUGUUGAAUUGGGUAUAUUAGCUGCAUGUGGUUGCACAAGUGUUAAUGUAACAAAGCUACCAAAGAUUGGAGUUUUAUCAACUGGUAAUGAACUUCAACAAGCUGGUGAACCACAAAAACCUGGUCAUGUUUAUGAUAGUAAUAAAAUAACAUUAAUGAUGCUACUAAAAGAGCAUGGAUAUGAAGCUAAAGAUAUUGGAAUUGCAAUUGAUGAUGAACAUGUAAUGACAGAUCUAAUUAAUAAUGCUCUUAAUAAUGUUGAUGUUUUAAUAACAACUGGUUCUGUAUCAAUGGGAGAUCGUGAUAUGCUAAAGCCAAUAAUUGAAAAAAAAUUUAAUGGAAAAAUUCAUUUUGGUCGUGUUAAUAUGAAACCAGGAAAACCAACGACUUUUGCAACUUGUAUGUUCAAUGGACAAGUAAAAUAUUUCAUGUGUCUUCCUGGUAAUCCUGUUUCUGCUACAGUUACAUUUUAUCUUUUUGCAAUGCCACUUAUUCAUCGAUUAUCAGGAAAUUAUUCAAGUCCAAUUAUUGUAAAAGCUCGUUUGAUGAAUUCGUACAAAUUAGAUUCACGUCCAGAGUAUACUAGAGCUAUUUUAGUUUGGCAACAUGAUUCAACUGAUAAUAUUCCUGAAGCUUAUGAUACUGGCAAUCAAAUAAGCAGUAGACUUGUUAGUUGUAAAAAUGCAAAUGCUUUGUUAAUGCUUCCUGGAUGUACUGAUGAAAAAUAUAAAUUACAAAAAGGUGAUUUAGUUGAAGCUAUCCUACUGGGUUUUCAUCAACAUGUCUAAAAGAUUCACAAGAGUUUUAUCAUUGUUAUUAUCAAUUACUAUAUUUUUAUAUUAUUGAAUAAAAUAUAUUUAAAUAUUUUUAUCAACAUCACGUGUUUUUCUCUGGCCUCAAUUUUUUAAUGAAACAUGUGUUGUUCUGAUUUUCCAGCUCAUCUAUUUUUUAUAGUGUACAAGAGUCUUAAUUCCACUCAUUCUUGGAAUAAUAAUAACAAUGAUUCCAAGAUAUAAACAAUUAUCAUAUUACACGCGUUAUUUUUUUGUUGAGAGUUACACGCCAAACGGAUCCGGAUGUCAUCCAGAGACGAUAAAACUAAAAAUAACAAAAAAAAAAACUGAUAACAAGAGUCGAAAACUACCAGUCUUUUCAAUACAGUCAAUUAAAAACUGUUGAAAUAUAUUUAGCUUCAUUUUUUAUUAUUUAGUUAAACCCAUCUUUUACUUUUUUUUU